AUGGAUGAGCUGCAGCGUGCUUUACGAAACUGGGUAUGUGGGAUGUAUCCCACUUUUGUUGAGAUGUUCAGCUCGAUGACAAACAGCCCCAGACAUGGAUGGAGACUUUGCAACGCUACUAGCAAAGCAGCCCUGUCGGCCCUUCCUCUAGGAGUAAGAAUCCCCUCCGGUGCGCGAUGGAAUAACGGGCACGGUAUCCCUCCAUCCCCAUCCCAUAACAUAAUAGUAACUUCCGAUAACGGGAACGCCGUUGACGCUCUGUCCAUCUACGAUGGAGUUAGUUCCACACUGCUCGUCCCGAGGCUUUGGGCUACUUUUAGGUUGACUUGUUUCACAUCUAUCCCGCUUUUUAACGAGCCCCUGAUUUACUUUGUGAUAGAUGGUUGGUGGUGGUCUUUACUGGUUGAUGUGGGAGAAGUUAGCUUGGUAGGGCAGUGCACAGCCACAAUGGGGCAACGGCUGUACUUGCUUGGUUAG